CUUUAGCGAACCCUCUCUGCUUCUUGCUCUGCUAAACCACACUACACCUCCUCUUGUCUACUCUUCUCUUUUCCCAAGCCCUAGAAAGCGUCAUCCCCAAUGCCUCAUUGAGAUUCGAUUGUGACCUGUCUCUAUCUCUUUCCCCAUCUUAAAAUUUUGGUUGUUCUGUUUUUUGUUAGCAUUUGCAUUCUCAUUCUCAUGGCUUCUUUAACUCCCGGAGUGCUUUCCAAGCUACUGGAGAACACCGGCAACAAGAACGUCAAAGUCAUUGGAGAGCACCGUUCUCCCCUUCUUCAAGUCAUCGAGAUCAUUCCCUCACUCGACGAUGACCCCUUUCGAAGUAGAGGCUUCUUCUUGAAGCUCUCUGACUCUCUCCAUUCUGCUUAUGUUUCCAUCUCUCAUCAAGACCUUGACCUCAUUUUUAGUGACAAAAUACAGCUAGGACAGUUCGUAUACGUCUCACGCUUUGAUUCUGGUUUCCCAGUGCCUGUGGUUUGUGGGUUAAAGGCGCUUCCUAAAAGAAGGCCUUGUGUCGGGAGUCCUAAAGAUUUGGUGUCAAGUGAUUUGCUGCAGCUUCGACCUCCUGUGCACUUCAAAAAGGAGAGUGUUAAGGGUUCAAAGACAAAGAGAUUGGUCUUUGAAGAUUCAAAGGGGAGAGCUCAGCCUGAGGGAUUGGAGUUGAGGAGAUUGAGUUUGGAUUCUUCCAGAAGAGGAUGGGGUUACAACAUUUCAUCCGCUUCUAAAUCAAAAGAAAUAGCAGCUUCUGUUGCUGUUGAUAAGAAGGAUUCUUCCAAGAAUAUUUCUUCAAUGAAGCGUCCUAGUUUUAGUAUUUCACCAUUAAACAACAAAAAUGAUAACUUUUCUCCAAAACCAAAGAGCAUGCCUUCUCGAAACGAAUUCAGGUCUUCAACUGAUAGAGCUGUUCCUUGCCAUCUUGUUAAAGUGCCUCUCGAUCACAAAACUUGGUCCAAUAGGAGGAUUUCAUGGGAUGUGUUGCCACCUAUCAUUCAGGACCUUGGGAAGGAAGCUGUUUGUCAGAGGAAUGUUGCUUUUCUAUCAGCUGUACGUGCACUAGAAGAAGCAUCGGCUAGUGAGGCUGUAAUAUAUUGUUUGCAAUUAUUUACCGAGUUGUGCAACUCCUCUCAGAAAUUAUCUGCUGGGGCACUGGUGGAGCAAUUUUUGGAAGUCCAUCAGAGUAUGCACAGAGCAGCAGCAAUGGUUAAUUCCUUAAUUAACAAAAAUCUUCCUGAAGCAAAAUCAAGCACUUAUUCUAGCUUAAAUAGUCUUUUUCCAGAUGUGUGGAAGACUUUAACCAAUAGAAAUGCCAUGUCAUGGGUUCAUGCUGCUAUAGAGACUGAUCUUUCAAAAUUCAGUUUGUUCAGAAAGCCAGAAAGGAGUGAAAUUGUUAAUAGUGAUAAAUAUCAUUUUGUCAUCUUAGAAAAUACUCCGAAUGUAACAAAUUUCAAUAAUCAUUUGCCUGAAAGCAAUCCAAAUCCUAGAAAUCGUGGCAGCUUCAUAUCCGAUUCAAGUGGUAAGCGGGUGCCAUCUCCUACAAAGCAGCAUCUUCCAAGCACAAAGAAAAUGAAUCCUGAAAGAAAGGACUGGUGUAAAGGAAGUGGACUAAAAAAGGCAGCAAGUUUAGCAGAAAAACUUCUCUUGGUUUCUCAUCAGUGGUUCUUGAAGUACUUGGAGGAUUCAUUAAAAAUGGGAUUUGGGUUGGGCAGAGGAGAAGGAAGUUCUGAAAUUGCAUGUCUUCUUAGACAGCUUAAAAGAGUGAAUGAAUGGUUGGAUAACUUGGUCAAGGGUGGAGUGGAGGCUGAUGACAGGAUAGAGAGCUUGAGGAAGAAGUUAUAUGGGUUCCUGCUUGAGCAUGUUGAAUCUAGUGUAGUUGCGGGUAAGUAGAUGAAUAUGAUAAGAGCUAACUAAAAUAACACUUGGAUAUAUUCAGUACCACUGACUAAUUUCAGAUUUUAGCGGCCAUUGGUAUAUGGUCAAAAUUCUGAUAGCAUAUGUGGGUCAGUAAUUUCUGUCAACUGAUCAUUUUCAAAUUUUACCCACUUAUUUUCUGAAUUCUACUAAUUUAGGGAAGCUCACACCCAGACAGUACGCAAUGGCUUUAACUCUUACUACCUUUACUAUUCA